AUGUCCCAGAUUCACAAGUUCGAGCUUGAAGCCAAACUCAAGGAUGACAACCAACUCAUCCGCACCGGCGUGCUCCGGAACGAGCACCCCUUUGACACCUCCGACGAAUUUGCCGAUUUUUUGCAAGCCUGUCGAAGAGGCGAUCUGAAGAGUUGUCAGGAGUUGAUUUCGGCCGGAGUUAACAUCAAUGCCAAGGACCAAUUCGAUUAUACCCCGCUCGUCAUCGCCAGUUUAUGCGGUCAUUUUGAGCUGGUUCAGUUGCUUUUAGAAUCGGGGGCGCUGGCGGAUCCCGACUCGUUCGAGCGGGAACGGGCCGUGUACAAUGCUCUCAACAACAAAAUCAGAAACUUACUCCUGUCCUACGACUACUCGAAAUCUGCCGAUCCCCUGCAGGCCUGGUCUUCUCACAUCUCCUCCCUGCUCGUCCGCGAUGUCCCCUCGACCUCCGAUAUCACCCUCUCAGCCCCCCUCGAGGACUUCCGGUUGCACAAGUUCAUCCUCUCCGCCCGAUCCCCGUACUUUAUGCGCAAAUUCGCGGAAGCUCCCGAAACGGUCGUUUGGAAGCUGCCCCACGCAAUCCCCGUGGAGGCGUUUCGCGUAGUACUGCGCUAUCUCUACCUCGGCGACCUGCCCCGCGACUUUGUCGGCCCCAACAGUGCCGUUUCCGAGGAGGAAGUGUUCAAGGGCAUCGACAAGCUGUGCCGGCAGCUCGAGAUCGACAAGCUCUGGGAGUCGGUCUUGUCCAACGACCGCCGGCUGGCCCGGCAACGGCAGCAGGAUGAGGUGCAGCGUGCUCAGGGGCAGGUCGAGGACUUGUUCCGUAACACGGUGCUCAAGCACAGGAUAGAGAUUGAUACGCACCGGGCCAACGAUGUGAAAUGGCCGCAUUACAACGCCAUUUUUGCCGACUGUCUUCUCCGAGCUGACGACGAUCCAGAGGAUGAGGACUUUCUCGAGACAAGCGGCAUCGCGAACGGGACCUCCAUCCCGGUUGGGCCUGUGUUAGAUGGCAACAACACCGCCCAAAACGGCACCGCCACCACCAAACCACCAAAACGCUCAGUUCUAUUCCCAGCGCACAAAUCCUUCCUAAUCCGCAGCCCCUAUUUCGAGACCAUGUUCUCCUCCGAUUUCCUCGAAGCCCACGACAAGGAACACCUGCACGUCAUCAAAGUCGACUGCACCCCCGCCGUGCUCGAAAUCAUCCUCCGCUUCCUCUACACCGAAAAAGCCGACUGCCCCCUCGAACACGGCCUCUACCUGCUCUACACAGCCGACAUGCUCCUGCUCGACACCCUCAAGACAAAAGCAGCAGCCACCAUCUCCGCCCUCGGCAGCGGCACCAACAACGUCCUCGUCGAACGCACCCACGGUACCGCCAACGGUAACAACGGUAGCCCAACCACCACUAAAGGACAACAAAAACCGGGACCAGUCCCAGACCCGGUAUUAACAGGGGUAGAAACAGAACCCAUAAACGUCUACGACGUCCUCCGCGCAGCCUGGGACCUCAAAGUCCAACGCCUUGAAGAAUUCGCCGCCCGGUACCUAGCGGGGCGGUUAGAGGAUUACAUUGACGAGCCGGAGUUUGCGGAACUUAUCCGUGAAAGCGCCGACCGCAUCACGGCGCGCCAGGAUAUUGAUACCAUUGAGUUGUUGGAUGAUAUCCGGUAUUAUUUGUCGGAGAGGUUUCGGUUUCGGUUUGAGGGGGAUGGGUUGGAGGAGAUGUUGGGGGAGGAGGAGGGUGGGGAGGAGAUACAAGGUGAUGGUGUAGAGGUUGACGGCGAGAUUGGUAACGGGGAAGUGAAGCCGGUACAGGUACAAGAGAAUGGUGGUGAAAGGGGGUUGAAUGGUAACGGUGGUGGUGGUGUCCGGGCGUUGAACGGGGAGAUGGUGGAGGAUGAGUUUGCGUCGGAUGCGGUGAAUUAUCAGAUCUUGUUGAACAAGAUCGAUGUCAUGCUGGAGAGGUUAAAGUUGGAAGCAUGA